AUGCGUUCGUUUAUUUCAAUCGUGAUUUUCGUUUCGUCCGUCACAUGGGUGGCCGCCGCAACCGACACGGCUUUUGCCAAAACGUCUUACGAGAAUUUCACGUCUAGAGUUCAGAAAUUGGUUCAAAAAACAAACUACGACGGCUGGUCGAAAAAUAGAAAGACUUCUGAUAUCAGUUACAAAACGGAUAUACCGACAGAAUUCGAUGCACGUCAGUAUUUCGUCAAUUGUGCAAAUGUCAUCGGCGACGUCAAGGAUCAAGGAAACUGUGCUUCCAGCUGGGCGGUGGCAGUGGCUUCAACUUUCACGGACCGGCUUUGUAUUGCGACCAAUGGAAAAUUCACCAAAAACUUAUCCGCACAACAUUUAAUGUCUUGUGGUGAUAGUGAAAGAUUGGGUUGUGAUGGUGGAUCGGCAUUUAAAGCUUGGGAGUUUACCGCGGGCAAAGGAAUAGUGACUGGCGGUAACUUCGAUUCGAAUGAGGGUUGCCAGCCGUAUAAAAACAGGCCUUGUGAUCAUUAUGGUGAUGACAGUAGAAUGACAAAUUGUUCGAGUCUCCGUAGAACGCAAAUGACAAUUUGCAGAGAAAAGUGUACUAACAAAAACUACAAAGUUAAAUACGAAGACGAUUUAUACAAAACUUCGGUCGUUUACAUGACAUCGUGGACAAACGUCACACAAAUUCAACAAGAGAUUAUGACCUAUGGCCCUGUGACUGCGUUGAUGUACGUGUAUGAAAAUUUCAUAGGAUACAAAAAAGGAGUUUACAAGUCUACAACAGGUGAUCUUAUAGGAUAUCAUCACGUCAAGUUGAUCGGAUGGGGUGUUGACAGCGACGGCAACGAAUACUGGUUGGCGAUGAAUUCGUGGAAUUCAAAUUGGGGAGACCGUGGACUUUUCAAAAUCCUCAAAGGUUACAAUUUCUGUUCGAUCGAACUCUUAGUGAUGGCCGGCAUCGCAGAGGUUUCUCAAUAAUAACUAAAAUAAUAAUAAUUUAAUAUUCUUCUCAUCAUAUUAUUUUUAUUAUUACUAUUAGCGUUUAUUUAUUAUUUAUUUAUAUAAUUGUUUUUGACAUUUGUAUUAUAGUACCUAUUUUAAUAAUUGUAUAUAAUUAUAAAUCCAUGUAUAUUUUAAUAAUUUAUUUAUUGUACAUAUCAUAAUAUUUCGUAUAACAUGAUGCAUUGGCUGAAAUAAUAAUAUGAUACAUGUUAUACGGAGCUAAUUUAUUUGAUAUUUUCUCGCUGUAGUACACA